AUGGCGAGCUCGGGGUCGCUGGAGACGGUCAUGCCUUCCCCCUGCCCCCGGCACGACGGCCGGGCCGCCGCCGCUAACCCGUCUAAGAGCCUGGCCUUCUCCAUCGAGCGCAUCAUGGCAAAGACGUCGGAGCCCAAAGCAGCCUUCGAGCAGAGGCACGGCGGCCCGGGGCCGGAGCCGGAGGCGGGCAAGAAGUCGCUCAGCCUGUGCUCGCCGCUGCCCUGCGUGAUCCCUAUCCCUCCGCUGGGCUACGAGGUGCCCUCCAAGACUCUCCUCAACUACUCGGAGCUGUGGAAGAGCGGCCUGCGGGGCGCCGGGGGGCUCUGCAAAGCCAACUGCGGCGUCUGCUGCAAGGCAGAGCUCGCCCUGGGUCAGCCCAGCGGGCGGCUCAUCAAGCCGCAGGUCAUCCACCAAGCGGGGGCCGUGCCGGCAGCCCCCCGCUCCCUCUAUUACUUCAACUACCUGGAUGCCGCCUACCACCCGGCCGACCUGCUGCACGGACAGCUCUUCCCCGCCGGCCUGCUGGGCCCCCCGCCGCCGGGGGGGCUCUCGGCUCACCAGAAGCUUUUCCUGCUGGAGAACGCCAAGCUGGCGGGGUUGGCGGCCGAGAAGCUGCCCCCGCCGCCGCCCUUCGCGCACAAGGAGCGGCUGCCGGGCCACCUGGACCAGGUGAUGAAGGAGGCGGCGGCGGCGGAACGCGGCGGCCCCCCCAAGGGCCACGCCAAGCUGGGGGGGGGGGGCGGCGGAACGGCGGAGGGCAAACCCAAGAACUUCACCUGCGAGGUGUGCGGCAAGGUGUUCAACGCGCACUACAACCUCACCCGGCACAUGCCGGUGCACACGGGGGCUCGGCCGUUCGUGUGCAAGGUCUGCGGGAAGGGCUUCCGCCAAGCCAGCACCCUGUGCCGGCACAAAAUCAUCCACACGCAGGAGAAGCCCCACAAGUGCAACCAGUGUGGGAAGGCGUUCAACAGGAGCUCCACGCUCAACACCCACAUCCGCAUCCACGCCGGCUACAAACCCUUCGUCUGCGAGUUCUGCGGCAAGGGCUUCCACCAGAAAGGCAACUACAAGAACCACAAGCUGACCCACAGCGGAGAGAAGCAGUACAAGUGCACCAUUUGCAACAAAGCCUUCCACCAGAUCUAUAACUUGACUUUCCACAUGCACACCCACAACGACAAGAAGCCCUUCACGUGCGUCACUUGCGGCAAAGGAUUUUGCAGAAACUUUGAUUUAAAGAAGCACGUCCGAAAGUUGCACGACAGCGUCUCCAGCGCUCCUCCGCCUCCACCCCGGGAUCCAACGCGCAGCGGGCAGAGCUAAGGGCCGGCACAGCCAAGGGCCAGCACAGCUCCCGGACCGCCGCUACCCAUCCCAACUGCAGCCUUCGCUUCUCUGUCUUUUCCCCAGCGAGCUCAGCCGCCGGUAGCAAGCGACCUCGAGCUGCAGCUGUAUAUAAGAGGAAUCCUAUUUAACGGCGCUGCGGGCCAAGAGGGGCUGGGCCGGCUGCCUCCCCCCCGCCAGGACAGCGCUCUUUAUACGUGUCUGUAAAUCUCCAUUUUAAAUGUACGCUCG